AAAUCUUGGAAAAUGGAAUCAAAAGGCAGUCGAGAUGUUGUUGCAACCGCUGGUGAUGCAUUUAAGCCGAUUGCUUCGGCUUAUAGUCGGUCAAUACUUUGCUGAACUUCCAUCGAUUUUGAUUGUCUACAAUAACUCGGCCUCCACAACUCCCCUUCAGCUGGAGUAUUUAAGUGCCUUGGAAUUAGUUCUUCGGGAAUUGAGCCAGCCAAUUAGGCUGCAAUGGAUUAAUGUGGCAUUCUUGACGGAUUUGAAGGAUCUGGAGGAUCAAGUUAUGGGUGCUCUGAAUAGCAGCGUCACUGAGGGAUUCAUUACGAUCUUAUCGCAGACGCAGCACUUUAUUCACGCCCGAUACUACGCCACUCGCAAUGCAAAUGUGCGACUCAAGGACAAGCGAUAUUUGUUCCUGUGCGAGGACGAAAGCCCUGCGGAGUUGCUCUACCUGGAUAUACUGCAGUUCUACCCUCACCAUCUGAUGGUCCGCCCUGGAACGAAAACAGAGGCAGGAGCAGUGCCAACAGGACCCACAACAGGACCCCAACCAGAGGACCCCAGGCGCGGAGGAGGCGCAUCGGUAAACACGAGAAACAAGGAUGACGGCGAAGGAGGAGCAGGAACCAAAACCAUUUCGUUCUACCGCGACAUCAAUUUCGAGCUGUGGACACAAAAGUUUGUCGGUGCCGUUGGUAAUUUGGAUGCCCUGCUCCUGGACGCAUUCUUGCCGAACGAAACUUUUGCAAACCGGGUCGAACUUUAUCCCAACAAGCUGCUCAAUCUGCAGCGCCGCAGCCUGCUCGUUGGCUCCAUUACUUAUGUCCCAUAUACGAUUACUAAUUAUGUGCCCGCUGGCGAGGGCGACGUGGAUCCCAUCCAUCGGCACUUGGCCAACCGUUCGCUCACCUUCGACGGCGCCGAGGCAAAUGUGAUGAAGACCUUCUGCCAGGUGCACAAUUGCCACCUGAGGGUAGAGGCCUAUGGAGCCGACAACUGGGGCGGAAUUUACGACAAUGAAUCCAGCGAUGGCAUGCUGGGGGAUAUCUACGAGCAGCGCGUGGAGAUGGCCAUUGGAUGCAUCUACAAUUGGUAUGAUGGAAUCACGGAGACCUCGCACACCAUAGCCCGAUCUUCCGUGACCAUCCUGGGUCCUGCUCCAGCCCCACUACCCAGCUGGCGCACUAAUAUUAUGCCCUUUAAUAAUCGAACUUGGCUGAUGCUUAUCUCAACUUUAGUGAUUUGCGGCACCUUUUUGUACUUCAUGAAGUAUGUCAGUUAUCGCCUACGGUUUUCUGGAACUCAGGUUAAGUUUCAUCAUAGCAGAAAGCUCGAGAAAUCCAUGCUGGAUAUAUUUGCUCUAUUUAUUCAGCAGCCAUCAGCUCCUCUGAGCUUCGAUCGUUUUGCCCCUCGAUUUUUCCUUGCCACAAUUCUAUGUGCCACAAUUACUUUGGAGAACAUUUACAGUGGGCAGCUCAAGUCGAUGCUGACCUUUCCCUUCUACUCCGCCCCCGUGGAUACGAUCGAGAAAUGGGCCCAGUCAGGGUGGAAGUGGUCAGCUCCAUCCAUUAUCUGGGUGCACACGGUGCAGAGUUCCGAUCUGGAAACGGAGCAGAUUCUGGCCCGGAAUUUUGAGGUGCACGACUACAGCUACUUGUCGAAUGUCAGUUUCAUGCCCAAUUAUGGAUUCGGGAUCGAGCGUUUAUCCUCGGGAUCUCUUUCUGUGGGCGAUUAUGUGUCUACAGAGGCCUUGGAAAAUCGUAUUGUUUUGCAUGAUGAUCUGUAUUUUGAUUAUACGCGAGCUGUUUCGAUAAGAGGCUGGAUCUUAAUGCCUGAACUGAACAAACAUAUUAGAACCUGUCAGGAAACUGGACUAUAUUUUCACUGGGAACUAGAGUUCAUUGACAAGUACAUGGACAAGAAGAAGCAAGAAGUGCUGAUGGAUCUGGCAAAUGGGCACAAGGUCAAGGGAGCUCCCCGGGCAUUGGAUGUGCGCAACAUAGCCGGCGCCCUCUUCGUCCUGGCCUUUGGCGUCGCCUUUGCGGGCUGUGCCCUGGUGGUAGAGUUGCUGAUCCACCGAAUGGAUUUAAGCAAAUAAUUUGGCCAUUAAAAUGAUGCCCGUUUGCGCAGCCAGUGGAAAGGGAAUCACUUCAUCCUUGGGUUUGCAGCGCACGUGUCGCAGCAAACAUCAAAAUCGCAUGCUGCACGACACGCGAAAGCCACAAAAACCCCGCAUGACUGGGACCUAAAGUGUGGAGUACACUGGGCGAAAUGGGGUAAAAAAACGUAGAAUUAUAUUCUUUCAAUAGUAGGGAUAUAGCGUAAAAUUUACUUAUUCCACUUCAAAUUUGUAGAUCAAUUGCUCAUUUUUGUAAUUAGAUUGCAAUCUAAGAAACCAUUUGAAGUACUUGGCUACUAAUCUUAGUGCUUUUAUUAGUCGCUAUACUGCGUUUAACCACGUUUAAGAUUUUUUCCAGUACGAGUCCUUAAUAUAUAAUUCUAGUAUUCCUUUGAGGACGAGUUAUACCAGUUAUUUCUAUCACAAUUUGUUUUAAGCAUAUAGAAAAAUUAUAGACCCUACACCAGAACUAGUGCUAAUAAAAUAUACACCUAUAUUGCAAAAA